CGGAACCGGAAGUGUGUGCGGUGGAUGGGGAAAAAAGCGGAAAAGAAGAACUCUGGUGAAGUGGGACAUCAGGAGACAGAGUCAGCGGGAGACAUGGGGUGUGAGGCCCAGCGCGGAGCCGCUCUCAUCGCACUGAUCGCCGCGGUCUCCGCCGUUUCCGUGUCCGCCAUCCGGUCUGAACUGGUUGGGUCGCGUCCUGGACGUAAACACGGCGUACUGAAGAUGGACGAGGCGUUCCUGAGCGUCCGGAACGAGCUGCAGAGUGAUCUGAUCCUCUCUGUACAGUCUGUUCUGUGUUACCAGUGCUUCCCCCAGCCCGUGGGUAUCGUUCCCUCAGUCUCAGGGCCGGGGAACGUGUCCUCCAUGACCUUCACCGUGAAUACGCAGCAGGCGCUGACGCUCCAGAUAAACAGCACGCCGGCCAACACCGAGCACUGCAGAAUGCAGUUCCACUUCGGGGAACAGGGGAACUACUCCCUCUGGGUGAAGAGCCUGAGUGACCCCGCCCACAUCAACUGUACCAUCGUCACGGUAACGGAGCCCAUCAACAGUUUCCUGCCCCUGCUCAUUGCGUUCCUGGUGUGUGCAGCACUGUGUGUGUUCGCUACUAUGUUGAGCUCAGUGAUGAGGCUGAAUGUGGUGAGGAAUCUGCUGGUGCGUGUGAGCAGCAGUAUGGAGGCCGAGAGACUCAUCAACUCAGAUCUAGGUUCUCCCAGCAGACUUGUGGAAUCCACUGAAGCUAUUGUUCCGCCCACCUCCAGGACACGCCUCCGAUCUCUCGACACAUUCAGAGGGUUUGCGCUGGUGAUCAUGGUGUUUGUGAACUAUGGAGGAGGACGUUACUGGUUCUUUCGACACCAGAGCUGGAACGGACUCACUGUGGCUGAUCUCGUCUUUCCCUGGUUUGUCUUCAUCAUGGGGACGUCUGUGUCUCUGUCCCUCAGCGCGUCUGUGUCUCGGGGACUGAGACGCUCUCGUCUGUUGAUGAGAAUCUGUUGGAGGAGCGUGCUGCUCUUCAUCCUGGGCGUCUUCAUCGUCAACCCGAACUACUGCAGCGGCCCGCUCUCCUGGGAAACCCUGCGUGUUCCUGGUGUGUUACAGCGGCUGGCCUUCACGUACCUGGUGGUCGCCAUGCUGGACGUGUUCAUGGCGCGAGCGCGGCUGGGCGGAGCUUUGACGGAUGUCUGGUGGUACCCGGUCCAUGACAUUGUGCUGUACUGGCCGGCGUGGGUGUGUGUGUUCACUCUGGAGACGCUCUGGUUGUGUGUGACGUUCCUACUCCCCGUCCCGGACUGCCCCAGUGGGUAUCUGGGUCCUGGUGGAAUUGGAGAUUUUGGUCUUUACCCAAACUGCACUGGAGGAGCUGCAGGAUACAUCGACCGCUGGCUGCUGGGAGACACACACAUUUACCAAACACCAUCAUCACGGGUCUUGUAUCAGACCAUCGUCCCGUUUGACCCUGAGGGAGUUUUAGGAAGUGUUAACUCCAUCCUCAUGGCUUUCCUCGGGCUCCAGGCAGGAAAGAUCCUCCAGCACUACAGAGAUCAGCCCCGACAGAUAAUGACGCGGUUCCUGGUGUGGGGUUUAGUCCUGGGAAUCGUCUCGGCGGUCCUGACUAAGUGCUCCAGAGAUCACGGCUUCAUCCCCGUCAAUAAGAACCUUUGGUCUCUGUCGUAUGUGACAACACUCAGCUGCUUCGCCUUCGUCUUGUUGUUGUUCUGUUAUUACACGGUGGAUGUGAGGAGGUGGUGGAGUGGAGCGCCGUUCUUCUACCCAGGUAUGAACUCCAUCCUGGUGUACGUGGGUCACGAGGUGUUUGAAGAGUACUUCCCCUUCCGCUGGAAAAUGUGGAACAGCCAGUCACACAGCGAGCACCUGACCCAGAACCUGCUGGCCACCUGCCUGUGGGUGCUGAUCUCUUACAUCCUCUACAAGAAGAAGAUCUUCUGGAAGAUUUAGAUUACAUCAUUGUCAUCAGCAUCUCACCUCACACACACCCUGGACCUCCAUCCUCCUUUUCCUCUCUAUACAGUGGCAUUUAUAUUAUUUUAUCAGGCAGAGAGUCGAGUCUCGAUCCACAGAGCAGAUCAGCGUGCAGCAGUCAGACGUUGUGAUGUAAUAAGAAACCUGAGAUAAACAUUAGUGAUCAUGUGUGUCCUACUUCUCAGGGUCAGUGCAGGGGGCGGGGCUUACGUUAUCUCUGAUGAGCCAAGCAGAACCUUGAUCAUAUGGUCAUCAGUCAAACCUUUGGAUCAACACUUGUAGCACUAAUGUAAUGACUUUGUGUGAUCAUUGCCAGUGAUGUAAUCAUAGCCACCGCUAUCGAGGUGAACGUAUCACAGAGUGGAAUUAUAAUCAGGGUUUUAUUCUAAUCAGAGUAGGUCGAAAUCAAAUUAGCUUAAGCUCCGCCCUAGUUCAUGUUUCGUCUGGUUGAUCGUCACUCACGUGGACCUGGUGAAGAGUCGCAGGUUUCUUGCUCCGAACCCUGCUGAAACGCAGAGGACAGCCAUGAGUACAUUUUAUUCUAAAUCAUAAUUAUAAAUGAUAAACGAGGUGAGCGGUGGAUCUUUUCCACUUGUGACUUUUUUUGUUUGUUUAUUUCCUGCGUAAAUACUGUGAGAUUCCAUCAGUUUUAUCUCCUAUUACGCCGUAAAACUGUUUACUCAGCACUUUUAUUAUUCCGGACACUUUAUUUAUAUUGCCAAAUAGUUUGCAGUAAAUAAUAAUUAUAAUAACUGUCAGUACAAAUUCACACUAAAGGUUCCCUGGGUUUAUACCAUUUACAUUAAUGUACAGUAUUUUAACUUUUAAACUGUUGCAAGUUUAAAAAUAAGAUCUAAUGUUUUACUUUUUAAAGAAAAUCAGAUUUUUUUAAUGUUAUUUUAUUUUUAAAGGUUUCAUCUCAUUUUUAUUUGAAUUUGUAAAUAAAGCAUCUGUUUUGUGUUGGAGGAUAAAUAAAGACCUAA